AUGUCGGUCAACGUACGCCCGAAGCCCGUAUCUCACCAAGUCCGUGCCACCCGCCUGGAACUUGUCGACCGCCUCGAGAAACAAUUAGCAAAUGCCAAGCAAUGGUAUGACUUUGACAACCCUCAAGACUAUCGAAAUGCACGAGCAGAAGGAACUCACGGUUUUGAUCGUCCAAAACUCAAUGACCAAGCCCGUUUGGUUUAUGCCACCAGACGUGACGGGCAGAGGAUUGAACUCCGCGUGAUUGGACCGCCUGGACCCUCUAAAGGUGUUUUCCUCCACUUCCAUGCAGGUGGCUUUGUCAUUGGGAGCAAUGCUUCUUACGAUGGGUACCUGACGCGCCUCUCCGAAGCAUCCGGCCUCACCGUGGCGUCUGUCGAGUACCGCCUCGCGCCGGAGCAUCCAUUCCCCGCGGGUCGCGAUGACUGCGUGGACGCUGCUCUCUAUGCUCUUUCUGCCCGAGGCAUUAGUGAUCUUGGAGCUCCCUUGCGAGUACUCGGUGGAGAGUCAGCUGGCGCUUGGCUCGCCGUGGCAGUUGCGCUAGAAUUACGGGAUACUCAUCAGUCGCGAGAUCAUGAUGAAGUUUUCUGA